UUUUUCAAGCGCUACAAAAUCAUCUGUCGGAUUGUUUCAUUAGAGACUGUGUGGAUGAUCGUCCUGCAGAUUUCGAGAAAGAGCCGCGAGAGCACCGUAAGCCGCCAUGCCGCCACCCGCCGACACCGUCAAGGUGGCCAUCCAGUGGCCGGGGGCUUUCGCCAAGUUCAUAGAGAUUGACCAGAAAAAGCCGCUUUCGGCCAUCAUCAAAGAAGUGUGCGAGGGCUGGUCUCUGGGGAAUCAUGAAAAUUUUGCGCUGCAAAUUGCCGACGCCACCAAAUUCUACAUCACUGAAAAGAAUCGCAACGACAUCAAGAACGGCUCCAUCCUGCACUUGACCACCUCUCCUUACCAGAUGGCGCUGCAGCUGCACGAGCGCAUCCAGUCGUCCAGCAUGGACGCCAAGCUGGAGGCGCUGAAGGACCUGGCCAGCGCCUCGCGCGACAUCACCUUCGCCUUGGACUUCAUCAACAUGGACGGCAUCUCGCUGCUCACCCAGAUGGUGGAGAGCGGCACCGAUUUCGGCGACCUGCUUUCGUUCACGCUCACGGCCUUCGUGGAGCUGAUGGACCACGGCAUCGUCUCCUGGGACACUUUCUCCGUGGCCUUCAUCAAAAAGAUCGCCGGCUACGUCAACAAGGCGGCCAUGGACACGGCCGUGCUGCAGCGCUCGCUGGCCAUCCUGGAGUCCAUGGUGCUCAACAGCCAAGACCUCUACCACAAGGUGGCGCAGGAGAUCACCAUCGGGCAGCUCAUCCCGCACCUGCAGGGGACAGAUCAGGACAUCCAGACAUACACCAUCGCCGUCAUCAAUGCGCUCUUCCUCAAAGCUCCCGAGGAAAGGAGACAAGAGAUGGCGCACAUCUUGGCUCAGAAGCAACUGCGCUCCAUCAUCCUCAGCAACGUGAUCCGGAGCCCGAUGCCCAUCAACGACGAGAUGGCGCACCAACUGUACGUUCUGCAGGUUCUCACCUUCAACCUGCUGGAGGACCGCAUGAUGACCAAAAUGGACCACCAGGACCAGGCUCAGCGGGACAUCAUCUUCGAGCUCCGCCGGAUUGCCUUUGACAUGGACUGCGAGUCCAACAACGGCAGCAGCACAGAGAAGCGCAAGUCCAUGUACACGCGCGACUACAAGAAGCUCGGAUUCAUCAACCACGUGAACCCGGCUGUGGAUUUCACACAGAUUCCUCCCGGGAUGCUGGCGCUGGACAACAUGCUCUACUUUGCCAGGCACCACCAGGAUGCCUACAUCAGGAUCGUUCUGGAGAACAGCAGUCGAGAAGACAAGCACGAGUGUCCGUUCGGGCGCAGCAGUAUUGAACUCACGAAGAUGCUCUGCGAGAUCCUCAAAGUCGGCGAGCUGCCCGGCGAAAACUGCCACGACUUUCACCCCAUGUUCUUCACGCACGACCGUUCCUUCGAGGAGUUCUUCUGCAUCUGCAUCCAACUGCUCAACAAGACCUGGAAGGAAAUGCGGGCCACCAGCGAAGACUUCAACAAAGUCAUGCAGGUGGUGCGGGAGCAGAUCAUGAGAGCAUUGACGCUGAAGCCUAACUCGCUGGACCAGUUCAAGAGCCGCCUGCAGAACCUGAGCUACGCCGAGAUCCUCAAGAUACGACAGUCGGAGAGGAUGAAUCAGGAGGACUUCCAGUCCCGACCCAUCCUUUGGUGCAGGGAGCUGAAGGAGAAGAUCCAGCCGGAGAUUAUGGAGCUGAUCAAACAGCAGAGGCUCAAUCGACUGUGUGAAGGGACGUGCUUCAGGAAGAUCAGCAGUCGCAGGAGACAAGACAAAUUCUGGUACUGCCGGCUUUCGCCCAACCACAAGGUCCUGCACUACGGGGACCUUGAGGAGAGUCCCCAAGGGGAGGUACCCCACGACUCUCUGCAGGACAAAUUGCCCGUGGCGGAUAUCAAGGCGGUCAUCACGGGAAAAGACUGUCCUCACAUGAAGGAGAAGGGCGCUCUCAAGCAGAACAAGGAGGUGCUGGAGUUAGCCUUCUCCAUCCUAUACGAGUCGGAUGAGUAUUUAAACUUUAUUGCCCCGGACAAGCACGAGUACUGCGUCUGGACUGAUGGUCUGAACGCACUUCUGGGCAAGGAGAUGACCAGUGACUACACCAAAUCCGACAUGGACACACUGCUCUCCAUGGAGAUGAAGCUCCGCCUGCUGGACCUGGAGAACAUCCAGAUCCCCGAAGCCCCGCCCCCUAUUCCCAAAGAGCCCAGCAACUAUGACUUUGUUUACGACUGUAACUAGCUUAGCUUAG